GAGGAGGACCAAGAGCAGGACGAGGAGCAGGACCAAGGGCAAGACAAGUACCAAGAGCAUGGUAACAACGAGAAUAGCAAUCAGAACAGCGACAAUGACACUGACGCCGCUAUCAGUGUCGGUUGCGGUGAUGCCCAAAUCAAAGUCGACAGCAACACGAAGGAUACUAAUACCGAUACCGAUAUCGAAUCAGGUCGUCAACUCGCAAGCCUAACGAUAGACAAUGGUGCGAUCUUGCGAUUCAUGUCAAUCGUAUACGCUUGGGACAGUGCGGACGAUACAUUGAAAAGCUCGUUCGCCU